UAUAGUUAUCUUUCUCUCAGACAUUCCUUUGAACAUUUGUGGAUGGCGGAAUCCACACUGUAAUUCUAUCUGUUUAAUACACGUACCACGGUUUGCCAAAUAUAGACAAUUCACCACGGAACUUAGGGCUGUGGUUGCAGCAAUGUGUUAUUGUGAAGACACUCCAUCGAUUGAAUUUCUUAUUUGCCCUUUGGCAGUUUUGCCAUAUGUAAUGUGUCUUCACAAGGAAGGCUAAUUAUUGAUGACUGAGUGGAGAGAUUGGGUCACUUCCUGAUGCUGAACCGGGUACAAUUAUGUGAUGGCCCAAGAUGUCCUUGGAGGCAGAUGAAAAUUGCUUGCUGGUUUCCCAGGAACCAAGAACAUCCUGCAUCUUUCAGUCAGCUGAAGAGAGGGAGCAGAUACCAGGGAUGGGAGAAGACAGUGUUCUGGAAAUGCUGAGCUACUCCAAAUUUACAGACCUGGAGACGUGGCUGUGUAUGCCCUCCACGCUGCUGCCCAGGAGUUUGGAAUCACCACGUGCGGCCUCCCCAACAUUUGCACACCGUGAAGCACCAGAUGUGGAAAAUCAAACCAGGCCCCUGGACAAUGAGACCCUGUUUUUGUCCACUUCACUGGAGGAGGAUUCCGUGUUUGCGGAACCGUCCCAGAUGCCUGACGGCUCCUUGGAGCCUCGGUCUCCAGAGUCUCUGCCCACCAUCUCCACUGCACCCUCCGAGUCCUCCACACCUAACGCCUCGCGAGAAACUGCCCCCGGGGGAGUGAGUGUGCGGAAACGUCGCCGCCUUGCUGCCAGCCCUGGGGGGCUUCGCUGGAACUCUGCAGGGGCGCUUCAGAGGGAGUACGACAGAGCAGACCUGUCCCCCGCGUCUGAGGCCAAGCGCAGCUCCAACGGCGACUCAAACAGCCAUGCGGGCAUCUGGGGGGACCCGUGCAAGGUAGCCCUGAGGAAGAGCGUCUCGGUGGACGACCGCCUGUACCAGCAGCCGCUCAAAGAGCAGCACAAGCUGCUCAGUCGCCUGGAGAGGGGCAAGAAUAAGCUCAGGAACAUCCAUAGUCUUGGCUCAACCGGGAGAUACGAAACACGAAAAAAGUCAGAGAGCAAGAUCACCCGGCUGGCUCAGAGGCUCAACCAGAGGCAGAGCGAUGCGCUGAUCAAGGACUUCAGACCUCUCUUUCUCGCUGGCUCCCCCGGAAAUUCCCAGAGCUUGGACAGGAACUUCUCCGCCAGCAUGACGCAGCAGAUGCAGAACCUCCAUCUGUCCCACAAGAAGAGCGGCGGGCCUGCGUCUCCCAGCGCCGCCAAGCGCCUGUACCGGAACCUCUCUGAGAAGCUCAAGGGCAGCCACUCCUCCUUCGACGAGGCCUAUUUCUUCGGCCGCUCGGACCGCUUACGCAAGACCUCGAACAUGCAGAGCAGCGAAGCUCUUUUUGAGGCUGUGGAGCAGCAGGACCUGGACGCUGUGCAAAUCCUGCUGUAUCAGUACACCGCAGAUGAGCUCGACCUCAACACCCCAAACAGCGAGGGCCUGACCCCACUGGACAUAGCCAUCAUGACCAACAACGUGCCUGUGGCUAAGCUUCUGCUGAAGGCUGGGGCCAGGGAGAGCCCGCACUUCGUCAGUCUGGAGAGCCGGGCGGGGCACCUCUCCACCCUGGUCCAGGAGGCAGGGAGGCGGGUGAGCGAGCUGUCAGCUCAGGUGCAGAGUGAGGGGCUGAGCCUGGACAGCUCUGACAAGGACAAGCAGCUCAAGGCCUGGGAGUGGAGAUACAAGCUGUACAAGCGCAUGAGGACCGGCUUUGAACAUGCAAGGACUCCUGAGGCGCCGGCCAGUGUGCGUCUGAGUGUGACGAGCAGUACAUCACUCACUGUCACCUUUCAGGAGCCCCACAGUGUCAACUCCGCAGUGGUCACCAAAUACAAAGUGGAGUGGAGCUGUUUAAAGGACUUCUCCUUAUUGGCCGGAGAUAUGAUUCUGGAUAAUCUGCAGUCGUUGAGGUGCACAAUCACUGGGCUCUCCACGGGAAGGGUUUAUUAUGUCCAGGUCUCAGCCUAUAAUAUGAAAGGAUGGGGUCCAGCACAGCCGUCGUUCCCUCCUUCAGCUGCUCCGUCCAACUGGAAGGAGUGCGAGGGCCGGGAGCCGCGGCACCGGGGCCACAUCGAGGCCAUGGAGAGGCUGCUGCAGCAGGUCCGCGCCACACACCAGCACUACAGCUGCGGAGAUCCAUCCAAGCUUCAGAAUCCAAGCCGGAAGCAGUCCGUUUCCAGAAGCCUUAAGCAUCUGUUUCAUUCCUCAAACAAAUUUGUGAAAACACUUAAAAGGGGACUGUAUGUGGCGGCAGUGUUCUAUCACAAGGACAGCCUCCUGGUGACCAACGAGGAUCAAAUCCCCAUCGUGGAGAUCGAUGACUCCUACAGCAGCUCCAUCAUGCAGGACUUUCUGUGGUUUGCCAAGCUUUCCUGCAUGUGGGAGGAUGUGCGGUGGCUGCGGCAGAGCAUGUCGGCCUCCAUGUCCUCGUCCUCCACCCUGCAGGCCCGGCAGAAGAUGCUGGCUGCCGCCGGGCAGCUCCAGAAUCUCCUGGGCACACACAACUUGGGCAGGGUCUAUUACGAGCCCAUUAAAGACAGGCACGGCAAUGUUAUCCUGGUUACCAUCAGGGAGAUGGAGAGCCUCUACUCCUUCUUCAAUGGGAAGUGGAUGCAGGUUUCCAAGCUGCAGAGUCAGAGGAAGUCCCUGUCCACACCCGAGGAGCCCACCGCACUGGACAUCUUGCUCAUCACCAUACAGGACAUCCUGGCCUUUCAUAGACGCAGUCAGCAUCGCCUGUCCCCCGGGCUGUACCUGGGCUACCUGAAGCUCAGCAGCUCUGUGGAUCAGAUCAAGGUGCUCGUCCCUCAGAGAGUCCCCAACAUGCUGUGCCACUUCAAGAUCCGGGACAACUGGAAUGUCUCCAGAGAUGAGUGGGACUGGCUCCAGAGACUGUCUGGCCCGGUGUGUGUGGAAAGUGCGGAUCAGACAGCCGACUGCCGCACUCCUCUCUUCUUCUAUGAGCUCCAGAUGGCUGUAAAAGGCUUUCUCAAACAGAUCAAUCUACCUCUUCACCAGGCCAAGCACUUCCGUCUCUACACACAGGAGGUGCUGGAGCUGGGGCACAAUGUCUCCUUUCUUCUACUGCUGCCUGCCUCAGACGACGUCUGCACUGCCCCAGGACAGACUAAUCCUUACACCCUGCAUUCAGGGUUCCUCAACCUCCCUCUUCAAAUGUUUGAGCUAGUUCACUUUUGCACUUACAAGGAAAAAUUCAUCAGCCUUUACUGCCGCCUGUCCUCGGUUUUGGAGCUUGAUGCACUCAUUACCCAGCUGGCCUUGCGAGAGGCCAUCUUGGAUGCUGAAAUUGCGACUGCAAAACAGCGGCACCAGCACAUUCUCGACUAUAUUCAGCAGAUGGACGAGAUGAGGAGGGAGAUGCGCUGGAUCACGGACGCCCUGCAGUACGCCCGCUACAAGCAGCCCCUGGGGGGCGUUCCCAUAACGUGGCUGGUGGACUCCAAAACGGAGAGCACGGUUCAGAAGAACGACUCCACCUCCUCCAACAUGGACUACCUGCCCACCCCCUCGCCGUCGCCGGAGAUGCGCAGGAGGAAGGCCAUGAGCGAUUCGCAGCCCGGCUCAGAUGAAGAGGGGUGCUCCGAAGUGUUCCUCCCCACAGACAGCGACUACGACUCGAGCGACGCACUGAGCCCGCGCGACCUCGACCUGGUCUACUCCUCAUCGCAGGACAUAUCCCAGCAGGCCGCGUGCGCACUGAGCGGGAGCGCCCCCGACGUGCUGCACAUGCACGACGUCAAGUACAGCGUGUGCCCCAAGGACGGCCCGGAGGCCGAGUCCUGCGCCAGGAACAUGGAGAGCCUGUCGCUGGCGCCCGGCUUCGCGGGCAAGGCCCCGGAGAAGGCGCCCAGCGGCAAGCUGCUGGCCAACCCGCCCACCAAGCGCAAGCUGCUGUCCAGGAGCCAGCCCCAGCACGGCUGCUUCAGCGGGCCGCACCGCUGGCUGCGUGUGCAGAGCGAGAGCCAGGCCUCGUCCCUGUCCGAGGGCGUCUACACGCCGCAGCGCGACUCCGACCUGCCGCUGGAGGCCGUCACCCGCGCCACCAUCGGCCUUUUGGCCGAGCUCCCCAAGAGCACCUUCGUCACCCACGCCACCUGCAGCCUGGACGACGGGCGGGGGGCUCACAGGGAGGCCCGGCCCAACGUGCGCAGGAUCUUUGUGGAGCCCUGCAAGAAGACGUCCCCCACCAAGGACGCGAGCGGCUGGGGCCCAGGCCCGGGCGCGGGGAAGGGCGGGGUGGGGGCCGAGUCGGCCGCCCAGUACGACGGGUCCUUGGCUCAAGACGUAGACUCCGAUGACCAGACUAACGCUCAAGUGUCUGAGAUUCUCAGCAGCACGCUCUAGAAGUCGGUGAUUUGACUGUAGUGGUGAUGCUGUGUCGUCCCUAUACCCGUACCCACUUCCCCCUUGUUUCAUUAGUCCUGAUUCCAACACACAGGCAUGCAAAUUUGAAAUCUGAGUAUGUGUUCAUAAGGAUCACAGCACAUGGAUACUGCAUCCUUUCCAUAGAAUGUACAAACUAAAGUUGCUGGUCAACUAUUUUAUGAACAUAAAUUUCAUGGCUUUGACUGUUAAAAUGAUGAUAACCAAUGCAACAUGAACUGAAGCACUGCUUUAACUAUUGAACUUGAAACUCUGCUACCACUUUAGGGUGUACAAUAAAUGGCAAGUAAUUUAACAAUAGCUCAAAUGUAAAAGUUUAAUGAAUCAGCAUGAAUAUCCAGUCCAUAACAUGUGGGGGGAUGUUGGAUUGCAGAGACAUUUGAAAUUUCAGAAUUGGAGUUGAAUAGUUUCUCUUGGUGUUAUAUGCCAAAUCAGCUCUCACACAGAACCCAUGAUUUGGUGCGGAAAUAUAUUUGACUGACAGAAAACCAUUGAAACAUUUGAUUUAUUUCUUUUAAUAACGAUCUUGGUUUCUUACUCUGAAUCAAUGCGAUGCUGCUACACAGCCCUGCGUGUGUGUGUUGUGCUAACGCAGACAGCAGUGGCCUCCCCUAUGAAGUAUCCUACUAUCAUCACUGUAAACAUUUUGCAUAGUAUUUAUUCUGUCUCAUGUAUUAAAAUGGCAGUAUUUCUAGCAUGGAGAAUGCUGAGGUUUACUUGACUAGGACUGCAUCAGUCUUAACCUGGCUAUUUUUCCAAAUUAAACCAAAAAGAAUGGAGGACAGAUUCAUGGGUUGAUAUUUCGGGAAGGUUGAUAUUUGGACCCUGGGCUGACUCUGAUCCUUCCCAGCCAGGACUUUCAUGUAUAAUAUAAAUUCCACUGGGUCUGCACUGAGCUCCAAUAUAUGACUGGUCUCUGUUUUACUCGUUUAUAUUAACAUGUAAUAUGUUAAAUUAUUUGCCAUUUUACAUUAAAACCAUUUAUUAUUUCAUGUGUUAAUGUAUUGCAUCAAAAGAAAAAGUGUUUUGUAGGCAUGGGAUUGUCUGAUUAUGGUCUGUAAACCUUUGUAGUGUGUUGUACCCCAUGUUGCUUUGGAGGGAUGUGCACUUGGGUAGGGCUAGUUUGAAGAUAAACAUUUCUGUCAAUAGAGAUGAUUUAUAGAAGCAAGACAGAAGGAAAUUCUACAAAUUCAAAAUGUUCAAGAGGUUUGGAGAUUUUGAAUUUGUAAAUGACCUGCAUUCUCCCUAUUCAGUGAUCAUUGUCAGUAAUUUACAUGGCUUCUUUACAUAAUUACAGUGGUAGUGAGCUAUAGGGCAACAAUGUGUUCUGUCGUUAAGCACAUUAAUUAGACACUGUGCAUCAGGAAAAGAGUUCCUCGUGGCAAUUAUUCCUAUAAGUGAAGCGGGAACUAACCACUUAACUGGUUCUGUGAACACUAGAAGGCAGAGCUGCUCCCGUCGUUCGGAUAAUGAUUAGCAUUAGGCAGAUCUGUCUCCCACUGCUGAGCACAGGGGCUCAGUGGGACUGCCAGUGCAACUUCACUGUAAAUCAGCGAGGCCAUUACACUGAUGUAAUGGCCCAACUGAUUUACACAGAUCUCUGUAUAUUUUUAAUGCUUUUACCACUAAAGUAACGGCGUGUUGAUGUUUGCAGACACAUAUUUUCUGAAGAGAAGUCUAUUUAAAUUUAAAACAAGCUCCAAGGGCAGCUUUGAUAUGAUACCAGUAACAGUUGUUGCUCCAUUGCAAUGUUAUGACUUGUUGAUGUUGCAGUGCAUUUAAAAUAAGAAGUCUUUGCACAAUUUUCUGUGUAUUUCAGAAAAAAAGAAAACAUUUGGUUUAUCCUUUUACUGAACUUAAAUCACAUGAUAUAACUGCUGUUCACACUUUUAUACACUAUCAGCUUUGUUCCAACAUGUAUGUACAAAAUAAGUAUUCCAUUUGCACUUUUGUAUCUUUUUUCAGUUUUAUUUUAUAAUAUUUAAUUUGAAUUAGAUUUUUCAAGGGUACAUUUGUGUACAAACUUAUUGGCAGAUUCUGAAGCCCUUACGUGUUUCCAGUGCUGGGUUUCCUCAGGCUGUUUGUGUAAUUCCUUCAGAUGAAAUGUAACAUAGUCAGAGCCUAUUUUAUUUUUGGACCAUAUAUUUUUAAUCGGUAUCAAAUUUUAAAGUAGAAAUACGGUGGAGUCUCAAAAUUAAUGCAGAUAAGAGUCAAACCGAGCCUAAAUAAGUUAUCUUAUUUAUUUUAGUAUUUCACAUAAUUCUGUGGUAAAUGUUUAUACUACAAUUGUCUGUAAUAUGGUUUUUAUUCAUUUUAAUAGGUCCCUCCAUCACAAAAUUAGUAUUACUGUUGGCUGGCUUUUUAAAUCUAAGAAAAAUUAGAUUAGACUUUUUUUUCUAUGAUUCAAAACGUGAAUUUCCCCUACAUGUAUUGAACAGAAAUAGAAACCAUGGGUAAAUGAGAGGAAACGUGUAUAUGCAAAGACCACUAUACCACUAUACUGAGACUACCACACAGGUGUGCUUAUCCAUUCAUUAAACAAAGAACAUCCCAGCAUGCAUAGGGUCAUCUGUAAAAAUGCUGGAUGGGCCUGGUUGUCUAUAAUAAUGGCUAGCAUGUCUACAGGAACUGACCUCAGUGUCUUUGAAAGAGGGAUGACAGUUGGUGCAAGUUUUUUGGGAGCAAAGUUGUCAAAAGUCGUGUCAGCACGGAACACCUGGAGGCAGAGGCCUCAGCAAUGGACAACAGCGGCUAUAGUAAAUGGAAAAACACAUUUCAGAUUUCGACCUGAGGUGAGACCAACCAGUUUCAUCAAAAAUGGUGGUGCCCCAUCACUCUAGUAAAUCACUUUUGUGACCUGUUAUAUACUUGUUUUUGUUCACUGCCUGCACAUUCUAUUUGAUUCUCUUACCUAUCGUUAUAAAUGCUGCAUAGCAAUGUAAAGGUUAUGUGACUCUCUAUGCAGUGACAGUGCCAAUGAGUCAACAAAAAAAGCCCAAAAAACUCCUUUCAGCAGGUAACAGGUGACUGCUGCUGUACUAUUGCAAAACCUCCUUAUAAUAAAGUCCUUAUAAUGGGGCUCUACUGUAUUAUCUUUUUGGGCCUGGUCUUUCUGCUUGGCAUUAUGCCUGAUAGUGUCUGCGAUAGGCAUGAAAUAAAAAAUGAGAGGAGCAGAGGCAAAACUGAAUGGUGGGUUUUGCAUUAUACAACUAAUGUCACCAUCUGCAAACUGUGUACUCUUUCCCUUCUGUUUAUCAGUUCUGUUAUAAAUUGACAUAAAGGGUACUUUGGUUCUGAAGACAGUUCAGAAAAUGUCAUCAUCAAAGGUGCUUUCACUUUAAAGUGUGAUGUGUUUUUUUUUUUUUUUUG